AUAGAAAUCACAUUGUCCUGUACUACUAAUAGUAAUCACAUUGUCCUCGUCGUCGUCCUAUCUUCUCUUGCUCUUCUCCUCCGGCCUCCUCGGUCCUUGCUCACCCGAACCAGCAACCCUAAUCCGUGGCCGCGGACCCGCCGCAAGCUCCAUCGCGCGAAUAGAUUGGGGAUUCAGUCGAGGCUACGCGGGAACUGGUCGCGCUCGAGAUCUUAGCCUCCGCACCUGAAACCAUUGGCUCCAUUGCUAUUGCUGUCGUGGUUCAGGUGAUGAAAUCUUGGGGAGCGCGCCUCGCUCGGUCCUAAGAUGCUGGCGAGCUACGGAGGUGGUGGCCGCGGUGUCCAUCUCUCCUCCCACAAGGACAUCCUCCUCGGCCGCGGCGGCCGGAGCUUCCUCUUGGGCAACACGUGGUUUCUCCUCUCCACCUACCCGGCGCGCCUCCUGCACACCACGGACCGCCGCGCGCCCGCCGCUUUCUUGGCCGUGAUCAACCGGCCCCCCUGCAUGCGGCCGCACCGCGCUGGGCAGGGCCUGCUGCAGAGGGGUGGUAUUGUCAUGGCUGCUUGCGGCUAUGCUCUUGGGCGAGCUGAGCUGGGUGCUGCCAAGCGCCAGCAGCCGGAUAAGGAUCCAUCUGCAGGGACGCGCUCCUCGAAUGUUGCAGCCACGGGAUCACUGGGCAGUGCAGCACGGCCAGACGUCUCUUUUAGGUACAGAGGGGCGGAUUCUUGUAAGAAGGUAGCUGCAAGCUUGAAGUCGUCUGAGCCAUGGGGGAACAGGGCAUUCUGGACAAACGCCGCUGGGCCAGGUUGGAAGUUGAGCUUUGCUGUUGAGCCAUGGACCAAGGGCUUUAGCACGUCGUGUGCGGCGCCAUAUUCUGCUGGAGCCACAGAGCAUCAAUUAUCGCUCGAUGAGAAGGUGGAUAACUCCACCGUUGCAUCUGAUUCUGAUGGGAAGUCACCAGUUUCUGAAAAAUUGAAGUUUCUCUCUGGUUCAUGUUACUUGCCUCACCCUGAUAAGGAGGCUACUGGUGGUGAGGAUGCACAUUUCAUUAGCAUUGAUGAGCAUGUGAUUGGUGUAGCAGAUGGUGUUGGUGGUUGGGCAGAUGUUGGUAUCGAUGCUGGACUAUAUGCCAAGGAGCUAAUGAGAAAUUCAAUGAGUGCAAUCAAAGAUGAGCCAGAAGGGACCAUCGAUCCAACCAGAGUUUUGGAAAAGGCUUAUAUGAGCACCAAAGCAAGGGGAUCAUCCACUGCAUGUAUCAUCACUCUUAAAGAUCAGGGUAUCCAUGCUGUAAAUCUUGGGGACAGUGGUUUCGUAGUAGUCCGAGACGGUCGAACUGUUCUCAGGUCACCCUCACAGCAGCAUGAUUUCAACCUCACUUAUCAGCUUGAGAGUGGAGGUGGCAGUGAUCUUCCUAGUUCUGCACAAGUAUUUCACUUCCCGGUUGCCCCCGGUGAUGUUAUUGUUGCUGGCACGGACGGACUUUUUGACAAUCUAUACAACAAUGAGAUAAGUGGUGUUAUCGUUGAAGCGCUCAGGGUUGGACUUGAACCUCAAGUUGCGGCACAAAAAAUUGCUGCCCUGGCUCGACAAAGAGCCACAGACAAAAAUAGGCAGUCACCAUUUGCAUCGGCCGCCCAAGAAGCUGGGUACCGGUACUACGGUGGGAAGCUCGACGACAUAACGGUUGUGGUGUCGUAUGUGAAAAGCGCUUGAUUCGAGCCUUUCUUUUUAUUAGAUGUAAUGUCAAAAUCUUAGUCCCGAAUUUAAUGGCACAUGUGUUCUCAAGGUGUGAAAUCCCCUGAGAUACUAGAAGCACUCCUGCUGGGUUUAGCCCUGGAAUACGUUAGCAAACCAUUACACCAUUUUACUUGUUUGCCACUGUGAGUAAUCUUCUUUUUAUAUAUAAUUCUCUAAAACCAGGGCGGUCGUUUCGCCCUUGGAGUUGGAGGGGGAGGAUAAUGACCUGCUGGAACCAAAUUUUGUUGUAAAUAUUGUCGAUUGCCGAAUGAUAACAUGUUGGACUCAAUGGUGGAUUGUUGAUGCUGUUUGAAA